AUGGUGAAUGAAAGACGGGAUUAUGUGAGUAUUGUGGUGCUUUUCGUCGUGAAUCUCAUCAACAAUGUGGACAGGUAUACGAUAGCAGGUAGGAUUACUGUAAUCUCCUCAAAAUACUAUUUCAAUUUGUCUAGGUGUGCUGCCUGAUGUCCAAGAUUACUACAAUAUCAAUGAUUCGAUGGGUGGAAUGAUUCAAACCGUUUUUCUGAUCUCUUUUAUGAUUGGAUCUCCUAUUUGCGGAUAUCUUGGUGACAGGUUGGUUAAUUUGACUAUUGUAGUUAAAAAUGUUGUCUAUUUUGUCAGAUUUAAUCGAAAGUACGUGAUGCUAGGUGGAAUGGUCAUUUGGCUGAUUUGUGUUUGCGCAUCAACUUUUAUCCCGAGAAAUGUGAGUGUCUCUUUUGAAAGUUGGCUUAGAAUUACUUUAAAACGUUCAUUGAUUAUAAAAAAGAUGUACCUGAACAUCUUCGGCAGAUUCUACAGUUCAUAGAGAACAUUUGGAUACAACUUAUUUCUUUUAUUUUUAGCCUGAAACCCAUGACUACAGUCCUUUUAACUGUAUGUACUCUCCUCUCCUUUUCUUUCGAGUAUGGGGUUUCCUUUGAAGUCCCGCUUGUUGCUCCCAUCCAUACGUGAUGCGUAAUCAGCACUAGACCCGAAAUGUGUGUAUGUUUGGCGUGAUCUAGUUGGUCACGUCGCCGAAACUUCCUUAUCUCUCGCUCUUUGCUCCUUUCGCCCAUGCUCUUCCUCCCUUUUUUUCGCUGAUAAAGCCAGCCGCUCAGUUUUCACACCUUAUAAGUUUAUAGUCGGAAUGCUCGCUCUCUCUCUCUCUCGGCUGAUAAAGAUUUCUUUCAAAGAGAUGCCGACAGCAUGGUAGGGAAGGGUAAAGGGAAUAGAAAAUAUUAAGAAAGCAGAAAUCAUGCAACAAACAAAAAAAGGUGUGUCUCUUUUUCAGCUUUUCCCCGUGUUCCUUGUAUUUCGAUCGUUGGUCGGCAUUGGAGAAGCGAGUUAUGUCAACAUUUGUCCCACAAUGAUCAGUGAUAUGUUCACGACGGAUAAGAGGACAAGGGUCUACAUGUUCUUCUAUUUAGCAGUGCCAGUAGGAAGGUUCGUGGGUUGAGAAUGUUGAAAACAUGUGUUUCGGAAAACCUAAGCAUUAAAGAUUUAUCAUGGCUGGGCAAAACGCCGGCUCAGGUUUUUCGAAGAUGUGUCGAGACCUGGACUCUUCACCCACUCCGAUCGGACCUAAACUUUUCUAAAUUCUUAGACUAGUUUUUGGGGUGCAAGUUUCAGGUCCGGAGAAAACUGGUUUCAAAAGUCAAGGCUUCGACAGGCUUUUGAAAAGCGCGAUUUCAAAUGCUCCCUUUCGAAUCCCAUAAUAACCCCACGUUUAGUGGUCUGGGCUACAUCAUCAGUUCCAAUGUUGCAAGUGUGACAAAAUCCUGGCAAUGGGGAGUCCGGGUAACCGGAAUCGGUGGCCUCGCUGCUCUGAUUGCUUUACUUUUUCUUGUGUAUGAGCCGGAACGCGGAGCAGCUGAACGAGCGGAAGGAAAAGUUUCAGUGAGACAAAGCACGUCGUAUCUGAAGGAUAUGAAGAUUCUCUUGAGAUGGUAAUUGAACAAUGAGAAUUGAAAACUAAAACACCGCGAAUUUCCAGCCCAACAUACGUGGUUACCACUCUAGCCUACACUGCGUUGGUCUUUGUGAGUGGAACACUGACCUGGUGGAUGCCAACUAUUAUCGAUUAUUCGGUCGCCUGGACCCGAGGAUACGAUAGUAUUAAUGAUCUUCCAAAGUCUUUCAAAAAUGAGUAAGUUCCAUCUCAUCUUUGAAAAAACGCCUACCUCAUGUUUUAAUUUUCAGAACUGGAAUCAUAUUCGGCUUGCUCACCACCGCCUGUGGUAUUGCCGGAGUGUUGCUCGGAAACAUUCUCGCUCAAUGUUUCCUAUACGGGUGGCUGGGCGCUUGGAGCAAAACGAAGAGAGCUCACCUGAUUGCAGCCGGUUGCGGAGCGUUGAUUGCAGUGCCCAGCUUGUUUGUUGUGUUCAUUUUUGGACAUUCGAGUGAAGUUCUGACGUGGGUCAUGGUUGGUAUUUCUAUCACCGGUCUUUGCUUUAACUGGAGCUUGAAUGUCGAGGUUUUCAAUGUAAGAAUUCAAAAGAAAUGUUUAUAUGGAAACUGUAUUCAUUUUAGCAAAUUAUUGCUCCGGAGAGAAGGAGUACUGCUUUCUCGUACGUCACACUCAUUUCGCACAUGUUCGGAGAUGCCUCAGGACCGUAUAUUAUUGGAGCUGUGAGUAAUUUUAAGACGUUUUAGUGAAUCAUACGUAUAUUAGCACAUCAAAAUUAUGACAGCGUCAAUCUACCGCAAUUCCACGUAAAAACUCGAUCGCUACUGUGACAUUUUCCAAUUUAGUACUGAAUUUGAAAAACGGUAAAACGCGAUUACGAAUUUUUGCGUGUCAAUAGGGUUUGACUAACAAAAAUAAAGUUCAACCAAUAGUACACUACACUAGGACGGUAAAGUGAUCCUUAUGCUCCUUAUGUUUUAAAAACAAUCCGAUAAUGAACAAUAUUUCUUCAUCUCCAUGUAAUGUACAGUAGUAUUUUCAGAUUUCCGAUGCAAUCCAAUCGAACCACGUGGACUCCCCGGAGUGGGAUUACAAGUCGCUCGCCUACGCAUCCAUGGUAGCCCCUUGCAUGAUGACUCUUUCAACCGUUCUCUACUUUGUGGCAGCUCUUUUAUUCCAACGAGAUGCCGAUAAACUUUCCAGGGAAAUGCGUAAGUUUUCCCUCAUAAUCCUUUUCGAUAGUGUUAAAUAGUUCUUGGCUGUUGCAGAAAGCAAAGAGAAUGAGAGUGAUGACAAAGCUGUGUACUCACUCGAUUGGAGCGAUGACUACCUCAACAGCCAUUCGAAAUUCUGA